AUGUCUUCCGAAGACCAAGGCCCAGCUGACUCGCCAGACGUCUACAAAAUCCCCUCAGUCGAGCAGAUCCGCUAUCUGAUCAUGAAAAAUCGCGGCGCGAGUACAGAACAAUUGCUGGAACUCUUCAAACAGCAUGGUCCAUACCAGGAUGAAAUCUGGGCCGAACAAGAAUACGCGCGGCGUGUCGAUGGCACUGCUGGGUGGAACCCCGCAGCGAACACUUCGCGCGCAAACAUCCCGAGGUCUAAGGAGUAUCGUGAGAAGAUGGAGGCGGCCGAGAAGGAGGAGCAGUUGGCGGAGGGAAACCGUAAGCAGUCUGAGAAUGGUGAACAGCAUACGGCCGAGGGGCAUGAGAUGACGGAAGGUGCUAAUGCGCAUGAUUAUGGUGGCAAUUGGGAGGCGUGGAAGUUGGCUGUUGCCCGCGAGCGCGAGAAGGGCUCGAGGGCUGACGAUGACGGUGUCGGUCGAUGA